AGUGCAGCCUGAAGAGGGAGCUGCAGCCCCUUCUCCGCCUCCACUGAAGCGGCGCUCUCCAAACACCACAGUCCGAGGUCCCGCACUCUCUCACAGGAGGCCUACUUCCGUCAGCCCGCCGCUCUUAAAAACAUAUAUUUGUAAAAAUUAUAAAUAUAUCGGUCCUCUACCCCGUCAAGCGACUCGAGGAGCGCGUUUCUCCGUUUCCUAAUACGGCUUCUGUCAGCGCAAGGUGGAUUGACCUGUCAUGAAUGAGCCGAUCGAAGGCGGUGCGAUCUCGUUUGACGAGUAUGUGCGGCAGAAGGCACGGACCGUGCCUCAGCACCGCAUGAAGGAGUUUCUGGAAUCACUGGCCGCCAAAGGGCCCGAAGUCCUGCAGGAGUUUAGCCAGCAGACCAGUGGCACUACCACCACCAUGGUCUACCAGCAGGGGGCUAACUGCAUCUACACUGACAGCACAGAGGUGGCAGGAUCAUUGCUGGAGCUGGCAUGCCCAGUGCAGGUGACAUCAACACAGAUCUCACCACAGCUGGCUGCAGCCGUGCAGCAGGCAUCAGAGCAGCAAAUUCAAGUCCAGGUGCAGAUUCAAGGUGAGCAAGGUCAGACAGUUGGUCAGGUGCUGCAGGUGGCUUCUCCUACCCAGCAGCAGCUACAAGGAGUCACUACAACACAGCUGGUGCAGCAGGGGGAGCUUACAGAGGAACAGCAGCAACAGAUCCAGGCGCAGCUGGUGGCAGCGGUAGCUGGAGGUCAGCAGAUCCAGAUUCAGACGGUGGAGGCACUGUCUCCCCCCCAGCAGCAGGGUUCUCCACGUGAAGCUGAGCGCAGACCGGGGGCCUCACCGGCAGUCCUGCAGCCAGCCAAGAAGCGCAAGGUGGAUGUACCCACUGUGGUGUCAUACUCUCUUCCCCAGGGCCAGCAGCUGGCCACAGUGCUGGCCAUUCCACAAGGCCAACAGCAGGGCUACCUGUCGCUCCGGCCUGACCUGCUGACAGUUGACAGCACUCAUCUGUACAGUGCCACUGGCACUAUCACGGGACCAGCAGGCGAGACCUGGACCAUCCCGGUGUAUUCGGCUCCUCAGCAGCAGGGCGUGACUCACAUCGCCAUCCCCCAGGAGUACAGCACAGUACAGGUGCAGGCCUCGCCCGCCCCACAGGAUAAAGAUAAGGACAAGAUUGCGGCCCAGGCGGCUGGUGCGGUCGCUGUACCUGUGUCUGGUGCAGGAGUGACCACACAGGAGGAAGUGGUGCACUCGUUGUUCCCAGCACAGUUUAUGAAUGGAAACAUCCACAUCCCGGUAGCGGUACAGACCGUAGGAGGAGGAUACUCGGGCACCACCCAGGCCCUGCACAUAUGGGACCCACAGCAGCAGCAGCAUGGCCAAGAGGCUGAGGCUCAGGAACAGCAGCUCCACCUACAGGCAGAGGCAGAACCACAAGCUGAAGCUCCUCCUGAGUUGCUCCUUCCAAACUCCCUAAAACCAGAAGAAGGUCUAGAGACUUGGAGGCUUUGGGUACAACGCAAAAACGCAGAGCUAGAUAAGAAUGAACAGAACAAACUAGCACCAAUCGGCCGCCGUCAGCCGCUGCGUUUCCGAGAGGACCUGAUCUCCAGCUCAGUAGGCGAGCUCAAUGUAGCUCUGGCCCUGAUGACCCUGGAAGCUCGUGGCUUAGAGGGGGAGCCAUUUGAACCCGACGCACUCUAUUACGUUUUCUUAUGCAUACAGAAAUAUAUGUUUGAGAACGGCAGAGUGGAUGACAUUUUUUCGGAUCAGUACUACACUCGCUUCUCGCAGUGCUUACACAAAAUACUGGAGGAGUGGAGGCCAAGUAUCCAUCCGCUAGGUUAUAUUAUUCCCAGUCAUGUGACAGAGGAGAUGUUGUGGGAGUGUAAACAGCUAGGUGCACAUUCUCCUUCAACUCUACUCACUACACUAAUGUACUUCAACACCAAGUACUUCCACCUUACCACGGUAGAGCAGCAUAUGAAAGUGGCCUUCUCCAAAGUGCUACGACACACAAAGAAGAACCCAGCCAAUCCGAAAGACAAGAGCACCAGCAUCCGUUACCUAAAGGGCGUAGGUUCUCAUCAUGUUGGACAGAAAGUGACGGAUGACAUGUACGCGGAGCAAGCUGAGGAUCCAGAGAAUCCACUUCGAUGCCCUGUCAAACUCUACGACUUUUACCUCUUCAAAUGCCCCCAGAUUGCCAAAGGCCGGAACGACACUUAUUACCUGACACCAGAGCCCGUCGUGGCCCCGAACAGCCCCAUAUGGUACUCGACCCAGCCAAUCACGAGCGAGCAACUGGAACACAUGCUUACACGCAUCAUGAUGGUGCGGGAAAUCCAGGAAAUAAUCUCCAUUGCACAGGCCAACAUUCAGUGAGGGAGUACAAGAAAGAAGGAGAAAGAGAUGGUGAAUGGAGACUGUUUCUGCCUCUGAGCUCCUCCGUCCUUGCAGCUUCUCCGUGACUGUCGCUCACACAAAGGAGGGAAUCUUGAACCAUUGCUGGCUCCUUGCGCUCUGUAUUUACUCACGAGCUGAAGCGGCAGACAGGUAGCGGUACAGAGGAGGCAAUAUUGAAUUCCAUAAACUAUCUACAUAUGCUCCAUAAAUUAGUGUUUUGAAUAGUUGCACAUGCGCAUUGCAGGGCCAGUGCAUGGUCUUUGUUUUGAAAGAACUUUCAAAACUGUUACUGAUGGGGGAGUAAAUUCAAGCGUCUGCCUUUCAAGAGUGUACAGACCGAUAGUUAACCCAGAAGAUAAGAGCAUUAGCAUCGUCUUCUUGGAAUACCAUCUGAUAAAUUUAGCCAGGCAUCCUUUUUUUCUUUGCUGUCCAUGUCCACAGUAAUGUAGUUCUAAAAUGGUUAUGAGUUCAAAGAUUGCAAUAACGUGGUAGUUAUGAUACUUCAUUGGCUAAAAGGAGCCUGAUUAGCAGGACAUUUGUUUGCCCUUUAUAGAUUGUGUAGUACUUCUUCGAGCCCAUAAACAGCAGUGACUUGCACUGCGGGCUUGAUAUUUCCUCAAGUUGUUGCGAUUGGCACUACGGUUAUAAAAAAACAGCUUGCAAACUGAGAUUAUGGUGCAAACCAUUAAUUUUAUAUGCUGACUCAUUAAACUUCCAGUUUUUCCUUUUUGUUUCAUUUGCCUCCUCUGCCAGGCUGCUGCUGGAGUGUGCGCAGAGCUUCAGUGGAGGACUGGACUUGGACUUAUGAGCCUUUUUAUUUUAUAAUAAAAAUUUACUCUGUUCAUGUGAUGGCCGCCAGAGUUACACAGUCUAACCUCUUAAUGCGUGAUUUCUCUUUUUCUUGUGGCUCUGUCAAGUAUGUAGCUCUCCGUCUCGCCCCAGUCCUCCUCUUACAUCAUUCAUUUUCUCCCGACUGUUCAUUCAUUAGGAGCAUAUAAUACUGAAAUUAGACUGGGGUCAUUGCUGCAAGGCCUUAUGGGGCAGCAAAACACAGGGCAGUCGCAUGAAUGCGCAAACCAUGGCGUCAUCUUCCCGUAACCCCCUACGCUGACCACAUCCCCAAACUAGGACUUGGCAGGAGCACAGUCAACACACUUUGAGGAGUGUACUCUACAUGGAAAGACUCUAAUUUUUUUUGUUUUUGUUUUUUUUUUUAUUUUUAUAUAUGCAUCUAUGGUAAUCUGAUAUGUAUUGAUAUAGUGGUGCUGGAGACUGAAAAAUUGGAGCCUGUGUUUUCGAACAUGCCUUUUGUACAGUGAGGUCCCUG